AGUUCCGAGUGCAACAAUAUAACAUGCGUCUAGUUGGGUCGGGCUUGCACCGCCUUUGAGAAAUAUGUGGCUACGUUAAGUGUGUAAAUAGUCGCAUUUGUUACUUUUGUUCGUUCGUGUGUCUAUUUCCACCCGUGUAGGACAUGUCCGUGAACGCAUCGAAGCACGAGCUGAUCCCGAUCAUCCACCGCUACUUGAAGGAGCAUGGUUUCACUUCAGCUGCAGAUGAGCUGGAGAGGCACAGCCCACAGGAGAUGUCCAACAACGCAUUGAAGCACGAGCUGAUCCCGAUCGUCCACCGCUACUUGAAGGAGCAUGGUUUCACUUCAGCUGCAGAUGAGCUGGAGAGACACAGCCCACAGGGGGACACGAUCAGUAGUAAGGUGUCAUUACUGGACAUAUACAGCUCAUGGUUAAAUGACGAGAAAAAUAAAAAGCCGUCGGACUCAACCAAGCACUCCAGGUCACCAAAAACGGCAAAGAGUCUGACUAAAGCCAUGACAAAGAGAAAAAAUGAUAAACUGGGGAAACAAACCAAGUCACAGAAAAAGAAGUCUGUGUCAGCAAAAAGGAAAAAGGACGUAAAAUCUGCAGAAAAUGACUCCAAGGCAAAGAAAUCAAAGACACAGACCGGGGACGAUUCAGACUCUGACAGCAGCCUGGACAUAGAGAAAUGGAAGAAAAUGGCACUGCAAUUCACAGAGGCCGACAUUACCAAGAUGGACACCAUCAACGCUCUGGAUUCCUCUGCACCACAACCCGUGAAAAAGCGAGUUAGGAAAUCUCGAGCUAAGUCUCCAGCGAAAACCGACCCUCCCAUACAACAGGGUGACGGGACGGUUGAGAAGAAUGAAAAGGUGGAGGAAAAUAAAGCUACGACAAAGACACCAACAGAAAACAUUGAACACAAGAAGAGCCGUGCCAAAAAGACUUUGUUCACUGUGACCCCGUCUGUCUUCAUGAACCAAGAGGAAAACAUACCAACGACAACCUCUGUCUCUCCUCUGUCUCUUCCAAAAAGUAAUGAGCCCGUGUCUGAGCUCAAGAAGAAGAAGAAAAAGAAGUCUGAAGACAAGCUGGAAGGAAAUGCAGGAGAGACUGGUGAAGAUGGAAAAGAAAGCGAGAGUAAAGAGAAAGAAAAGCCUGAAGUGUGUGUUGGUAAACCUGUGAUGGAGAAGAGAACAAAAGGAACAGAGGAAAAGAAAAAAAAGAAUGAGAAGGAAGAGGAAGUGAUGGAGGCAAACAAAAACACAGAUGCUGGUAAUGAGGACACCUCAGAGACGAUAGUACAAGCAAAGAAACACAAGAAGAAAAAGGAGGAAAGAGAUGUUGAGGAGACUUCAGAGCAGACAGCUGAACCAAACAUUAAGAAGAAGAUGAAAAAGAUAGCAGAGGAACAUACAGAGCUGGUAACUGGAGAAGAAAAAGACAACACAGAUCAGGGAGAGGAUAAAAAGAAAGUAAAGAAGAAGAAGACCAUGGGGAGUGAUGAGAAGCUAGAGACGGACAUUUCAGAGCAGAUAGCAGAAGAAAAACAGGUGAAGAAGAAGAAGAAGAAAAAGAGACCAGAGGAAAAUACAGAGCUGGUAGCUGGAGAAGAAAAAGACAACAUAGAUCGGGGAGAGGAUAAUAAGAAAGUAAAGAAGAAGAAGACCGUGGGGAGUGAGGAGAAGCCAGAGACGGACAUUUCAGAGCAGACCGCCAAAGAAAAACCGAUGAAGAAGAAGAAGAAAAAGGAGGCUGCUAACGGCGAGGAAGAUUUAGAACAAACAGUCAAAGAAAAGAAAAAGGGAGACAAAGAUGAUCAUAACGCAUCAGAGCAAAUCACUGAAGAUAAAACAGAGGAACAGAAAGAGCAAACGAAUAAAGUGAAGAAAAAGAAAAGGGCGUCAUCAAUUAACGAAACUCAAGUUGACGCAGAUCCACUACCUCCACCCAACCACGAGGCACCAAGUCCUCCAACAGAGAAGAAGAAAAAGAAAAACACGUUGAUAUCAACCGAGGUCCCGGAACUGCCAACUGAUUCCAUCCAAGACGGCACAGAAACACAAAGCAUGCAUAAAAAGAAGAAGAAAUCCUCCAAGAGCCAUGAAGAGGUAUGACGUCACAGCGAAGGGAAGUCAACACGUCCUUAUUUCUAAUCAUAUUUUAAUGGUUAGAAUCAUCCCUCAAUCUGUGUAUCUGUGGAUUCUGGAUUAUUUUUUUAUUUUUUUUUUAACUUUUUUUAUUUGUUUUAUGUUUACAAUAUAUAGAAGGGGUUGCAAAGGUUUCACGGAAUGUGCCAUCUAAUGAAUUUUUCCCAUAAUUGUCUAAACUAAACCAGUUCUCUUUAUCGUGAACCCAGAGGCAAAGGCAAAGCCCGUUGUGGCUCAUCUUUCCACUGUGGGACGUAGACCAAAUGGCAAUUGAGGUGUCCGCUUCGUAAACAGCUAAAGAGUGCAACAUUUCCCCAGUGUGGCACAGUGUAACCCAUCAGCACUGCACACUGACGCCGCUACACAGAAGUGUCGACACUCCAUCCAAUCAAUCAAUGGACUACAUUGUAUUUUGCUUCACCCUUUAGGUGCUACCCACAGUGCUGAGGUUCCAAAAAGUAUUUAGGUUUUUUAUCACUUCACAACUUAAUAGUUAAUACACAAGAAAACUGGCUUUGGACUUCUAGGUUUGUUUGACAUCAGGACACAAAGCACAUGUCAGAUUUGUAUAGUGAAUGACUGACUGCUGUCUAGAAAUGGAUCUAAAAGACAAAAAAAAAACUUUUAUUGUUACAAAAUAAUAUGUAUAUUGUUUUAAUAGCCUGUUUAGGUAUUGGUGAAAGUUCCAUGUCAUUUUUAAUGUUUGAAUUAUUUGCGCUGUAAGUAGUGCUUUUAGACAAAUUAAAAAUAUUUUUUGUAAUCCUGAGAUGUUGUUAAUGUGAACAAAAAUGAUCAUAAUUUGUAUUUUCUGUCACAGAGAGGUUUAUUAAAUCAUGUGAGAGGUUUGCAUGACUCCUGGACUUCACUGUUGGUCUGAAAUUUGAGCAAAAUUAAUAAUGUGUGGUUUUAGCUGUCAAGCGGAAGUGGAGAUUGUUCAUUUGAAUAUAGCACAUUCAAUAAAUAUAAAUGUAGCUAUGAUGCAAAUUAGUGACAUUAGGCAUAUGUACAAUGUUGUACAUGGUCUCUAUUUCUGCAUAGCUAUAUAUUUUUUAUUAUAUUUUUACACAGUGCUGUUAUUAUGUAUCUAUCUUUUAUACUGCUACUUGUACAUGGCCUUCAUUGUGGAACAGCAAAUAAAGAAUUUCAUUGUA